CAAUGCACGGCUCGAAGGUCAUCAAGGUGGAUGGAAUACAAUCAUCAUACUGAGUGUUUAUAUUAGUCAUUUUUAAAACACGGAACAUUCCAAAGCAUUUCGAGAUAUUGUGUAUUUCAAAGGAUGAACAGGUUGAUCUGGAUGUUAAGAUUAAGUUGUUAAGAUUUACCAGCUCAGUCAUCUGUGUAGAACCAUAGUUGUACAAUGGAUGACUCCGGGGACCAAGACAUGUACGUGUCGCAGUUGAAGGAGGUAUUCGACAGCUGCGACGCUGGUGGUCUUGGUAUGCUUAAUAGAGAGGAACUACAGGAUUUAUGUACAAAGCUUCAAUUAGAUGAGCAGGCAGAUGACUUAUUGCAGCAUCUUGUGGGAAAUAGUACACAGAAACUGGUUGACUUUGAUACCUUCAAGGAGGGAUUUGUUAUGGUGUUGUCAAGUGCCGUUGAUCUUGAUGGUAUGGACCAUAUAGAAGAAGACAACAUCAGCAUUGGGAGUAUCAAUGAAGUAUCUUUAGCUGAAGAAGUAGAGGUUUCGCCCAAAUAUGUAAAAGCUGGAAAGAAAUAUGGCCGGCGAUCUCGGCCCGAUUUUGACUUGAGUUACACAGCCGAUUUCUCAGACAUUGAAACCGAUUUAAGUAGUCAUUUCACUGGGAUUGAUUCACCACGACUGAACAGGACAGAGAAGGAAACCAGUCUGUCUGGAGGGAGGAGUAAAGGGCGGGGGAAAUCAAGCAAGUCUUUAUCCUUUGCUGACGAUAUUAGCGAGAGUUUGGAUGGUGAGUUUGAGGCUGAUAGUGUUUUGUCAGCAAGCAGGAGAGACAUACCUAUGAUUGUACAUGAGACAUUUGAAGCUGAAGGUCAGAUGAAUGCUUCCAUGAGUUUGAUGGAAGCUGCACCCACCGAAGCUGAACAGGUCCAAGCUAUAUGGAAUGAGGUGGGUGUCGGUAGUGAUGGCUACUUAGACAUCAAUGACCUGUCGACAGUCUGUCAACAUAUUGGUAUGGAAGACAUGGAUGAAGAGGAAUUGAAGAAUCUGUUUAACAAGCUUGAUGUCGACGGGGAUGACAGAGUCGGUUUCCAGGAAUUCUUAGAGGGUUUAUUUCGUCACGAAGGCCCUCGCCCACCCACCACUCCUCUACCAAGUACAUUGUCAACGGCUCAGAAAGCUAAGCUUCGUAUGUCAAUGAUGGGCAGUGCAAUGGAUGACCCAUUCUAUAGAACUGCUACACCAUCUAUGAUCGGUGGCACUCAGCUGUUAACGAUGCUGGACAGAGAUCUUACUGGGUAUGCCAACCCUGAUGACAUUGCGGAGCAGUUGGCAGCACAAGGCAUACAAAACCCCAUGGAAGUUUUAGAGAAUCUUGAAAUAAACACCGAGACGGGGAAGGUGAACUUGCAGGAUUUGUCAGCAGCUUUGGAGCAUGUGUUGAUGACUACAGGUGAUAGCAAUGGAGUAUACCAGGCUGCAUUGACAACGUAUCAAUCAGAACUUAAACACCUCAAAACCCAGUUGGAUGCACUGACCGAUGAAAGAGAUAAACUCAAGGGUGAUAUUUACGAGGCAAACCAACGGAAUGCCUUACUGGUUAAGGAAGUCGAUGAGUCUCAUGCAAAUAUUCUGAAGACCAACGAAGCCAAACUGCAAGCUGCCGAGAAAAAAUAUCAUGAGAAAGUAAAUGCGAUGCAAUCUGAGCUUGAGAAAGAAAGGAUGCAGAUGGCGUCCCAGGCAACGAAACAAAGUCAACGAUUAGAAGACCAGAUUAAUCAAAUGAAAUCAGGGGAUGCUGGGCUUAGAGAAAGACUUCUGGACACACAACAAGAGAUAACAAGAUUGGAAAAAGAGUUGGGUGAGGCCGCUGAGAAGUUAAAUGAUGACCAAAAAACCAUACAGAAACAGCAACGAGAUCUUGAUGGGUUCCAAGAACUUGAGGAGAGGUUGGCAGAAUUAGAGUCCAACAGAGAAACCGUCUCAAAGCAACAGGAGGAGUUCUUUGAAGCAAGCCUCAAAGAAUACCAAGAACAUGUCAGGGUACUCCAAGAUCAACUGGAUGAGAUGACCCAGGAAAAUGAGCUGCUGAAACAUCAGUCAUCGGAAAGGAAGAUCAGAAGAAGGGGGAGUAAGGCUUACGGAUCCAAUAAACCAAACCGGGUUGGAUCUGUGCUGUCUGACUACACCAAACCUCAUGUCGUCAAAAAGUCAAGUGGAAAUUCAUCAUCAGAGAACGAGUCAGAAUUGGAAGAGUUAGAUCCCAAGUCUAAGCGGCGACUGCCAUUAGCAGUCAGGUCUGGAGGAGAUGGCAAUAGUAAUGAAGAAGAAGAUAUCAAGAAAGCUGAGGCAGAAAAGGCCAAGUUGGAAGCGGAGAUCGAAACCUUGAAGGAAGAACACACCAAAGAGCUGACUGAUUCAAAGACUAACUACGAGCGUGAGUGCAAAGACAUUGAGUUCCGCUACAAGAUGGAAAUCACUGAACUUGAGGACAACUUUGACCAGCAGAAGGAUGAGAUGAAGGAAGAGUUUGUUAAAGAACAGCAGCAACUGAUUGAGGAGAUUGAGAGACGGUUUGGAGAUGAGAAGCUGGAGAUGGCAGAGCACUUUGCGAAAGAGAAACAGGAGUUGGAGGAGUUCUUCUCCAAAGAGAAAACGGAUCUCAGGGAUCAGCUGGAGGCAGAAUACAACCAGGAGAUGGACAAUAGGAUUGCUGACGUCAAACAGAGACUGCUGGAUGAGAAGGCACACAUAGAGAAAGAACUCUCAGAAGAAAAGUCAAAUCUGAGUGAAGACAUUAUUCGAGAGAGAACAGCGGGCGAGUUGAGACUUAAGAAAAUGCAGAGGGAUCUGGAGAUGAAAUUUUUGGAAGAGAAAGGAGAGAUGCAAGCUCUGUGGGAGCGUGAGAGGGCUGAGCUUGAGAGAGCUUACCAAGAAAAAGUCCACGAGUUGGAGUCUCUUUUUGUUGACGGGGAGGUUGGGCUCAAAGGACAGUUAAGGAGAGACUUUGAUGAGCUUCUCAGCAACCACAGAGCAGAGAUAGAGCGGAACUUCUACCAAGAGAAAAUGUCAAUGAUAGAAAACUUUGAACAGGAGAAAGAAGAGUUAGUAGAGAGACUAGAACUGGAGAAAGCGGAGUUGCUGAAAGCGAGCAAAGGCGACAAGUCUUCAGUCUUGGAAAAGAGUAAACAGGAGAAAUCUGAGAUGGUGAAGAAACAUAAGAAAGAGAAACUGGAGCUUGUAGAGACACACAAGAAGAAGGUAGUAGACCUUGAGGAUCGGCGAGAGCAGGAGAAGGCCCAGCUUGAGGAAAAGAUUCAGAGAGAACGACAGAAAUUUAAGCAGGAGAGAGAGAAGUUAGAGACUAGAUUCAAAGAAGAAGUGAAUGAGCUGGAGACGUCUUUAGCUGUCAACAAAGAAGAGUUGGAGAAGUCAAUCCAAGAGGAUGUUGAAGACAAAGUGCGGAUAGAUAUGAGGUCUACCAUUCGUGAAUGUGAUCAACUGAAACGAUCGGUCAGUAAGCUAGAUGAUCAACUUAGUCAGGCCAAUGAGAAGCUGGAAAGUCAUCAUAUGAGCUCUCAAAUACACGAGGCACAACUGAUGUUAGUUACAGAUGAGAAGGAGAAGUUAUCUACGGAUCUGACUGAUAUUAAAAAACAACUUCUUGAGGCCCAGAUGCAAGUCUCCAUCCAAGAAACGCAACACAUGAGAGAAUUGCAACGGGUCAAAGACAAACAGUCCGAUGUCUCAAUGAAGGAAUUACAACGUCUGCGCGAGGAUCUUAUCCGUAAAGACGCUCAAAAGAAGGAGACAGAGAAGAUGUUAGACGAGAGGAAUCAAGAGAUUGGGAGGAUUGUUAGAAGCAGCAAAGAUGAAUGGAAAGAUGAGGUUAAGAGAUUGACAGAGAUUAAGGCUGAGCAGGAGAGGAAACUGAAAAAGAUGAGAGCGACGUUGGAUGAGUACGUCAAUAAACUGAAAGACCAGCUGACAAGGUCAACUCGUAGUGACAUUAUGGUGAAGGAAUUGUACAUGGAGAACUGCAAGCUACACACUGCUCUACAAAUCACAGAAGAACGCCAGAAGAAUGCAGAAAGGACCUGCCAUAACCUGACAGAGAAGAACCAAGUUUACCUCAGACUUAUCCGGAAAGUAUCCCCCGCUGUUAUUUAAUCAUUAGAAUGAUUGAGUUUUAUUAGGAUGUCAGCUUGGUUUGAUAGUAGAGCUUGUUGCGUGUCAUGGCGAAAGAGUCUUUAGUGCAUUAGACUCGAGUUCUGAUGGCUGGUUCAUCAGAGUGUGGGAUCAAAUCCGGGUCAUGACACUUGUGUCCUUGGGAAAGAAACUUGCCGUUACAGGGCCC